AUGAAGGCCGCAAUCAUUCUCACCCUUAUCGGGUCGAGCCUCGCAGCUCCUACCCCCACAAUCCAAGAGCGCCAGUUCAGCGGCACAGGAACCAGCGGAUUCGGAUCCCUGAACUCCCUCCUCUCCGAAUUUUUCGACAUACCGAGUCUGAGCUCCUUCGGUUCUUCCGGCAGUGGUUUCAGUCUCCCUACCGGCCUGCCCAGCUUUAGCGGCCUAAGCGGACUGCGCCACAAGGCCAGACGCGCGACCGUGUCGUCUACCAUGAACGGCGUCACUGGAAACAGUAGCUGCCAGCCCUUGACUCUGAUCUUUGCUCGUGGAACCGGCGAGCUGGGAAAUAUGGGAACUGUUGUUGGGCCGCCUCUCGCCACGCAAUUGCAGUCUCAGACUGAUAACAAUGUCACUAUUCAGGGUGUCAACUAUGAUGCUUCUGUCGCUGGUGACGCAACAAUGGGUGAGGAUGGUGGCUCUGCCAUGGCGACACUGGUGAAGACGGCUCUGGAGAAUUGUCCCGACACCAAGGUCGUUCUUGGCGGCUAUUCUGAGGGUGCGAUGGUCGUUCACAAUGCUGCUAGUAGCCUUACCGCGGACCAGAUUACCGCUGCUGUUCUCUUUGGUGACCCAUUGAAGUUUGAGGGCGUUGGAAAACUCUCUACUAGUGAUGUGAAGGAGUUCUGUGCCACUGGGGAUCCUGUCUGUGAGAAUGGAGCGAAUGUUAUCGCGCACCUGUCUUAUGGGACUGAUGCGACUACUGCGGCUCAGUUCUUGGUUAAGGCGGCUGGUAUCUCGACUAGCUCUUGA